CCGCGCGCGGCGCCAGCCGGCCCGGCGCUCGCGGGGCAUGGUGGCGGCGGCCAGGGCGCUCAGCUUCGUGCUCAGCACGCCGCAGUACUUCAUCUUCUCGCUCAGCGAGGUGCGCAGCGGCGUCUACGACUGCUGGGCGCACUUCAUCACGCCCUGGGGGUCCCGCGCCUACGUCACCUGGAUCACGGGCGGCAUCUUCGUGGCCCCCGUGCUGGUCCUGGCCACCUGCUACGGCUUCAUCUGCUCCCGCAUCUGGAGCAACGUGCGGGGCAAGACGCGGCCGCCGGGGCCCGGGGCGAGGGCGGGCGCGGGGGUGGGCUUCCCCUGCGUCAGCAGCGUCAAGAGCAUCUCGCGGGCCAAGAUCCGCACGGUGAAGAUGACCUUCGUCAUCGUGUCAGCUUACGUGGUGUGCUGGGCGCCCUUCUUCACCAUCCAGAUGUGGUCCGUCUGGGACCAGCACUUCGAAUGGAUUCUGAAAACACUGCAGUUACAGUAACUGCUUUGUUGGCCAGCCUGAAUAGUUGUUGCAAUCCAUGGAUCUACAUGUUCUUUAGUGGUCACCUCCUGCAAGACUGUAUACAAGGCUUCCCUUGCUGUCGAAAAAUAAAGCACCCCCUCAAUAAAGAAGAUUCUAACAGCA